CUCUGGUCACCUGGAGGGGGCGAGGCUGCAACUGGGAGGAACCUUUCAAAGAGAUUAAAAAGAGACUUCCAGCGACCAGUCCCCAGUUUCGCUCUCUCUCCUGCGGCAACAUGGACUGCACAGAGAAGAAAUUGAAGUGCGAAAAGGCAAAAAAGGAUAAGAAGGAUCACAAGAAGGACAAGAAAUCAUGUGAUAAAAAGAGCGAUGACUCGAGCUCCAGCAGCUCAAGCAGCUCCAGCAGCUCGGGCAGCAGCUCCGAUGAAGGGAAAGGGAAGCAUCACACGCAUAAAGAUAAAGAAAAACAUAAGCAUAAGCAUAAGAAAACGGAUAAGCACUGCAAAAAAUAAUGGCAACAGCGCUGUUGGUAGUGGUGACUGACCCUGCUCAUUUUCAUGCAUCUUGGAUUCCAAGUGAUCCUCAAUUUUAGAUUGACUAUAUUACUACAUACUUGUUAAUUAUUUUCUUGCCACUUCAUUUCAUUAAACCUUCUGGGUAAUUAAUGAUGUGCAUGUAAUUAACAUUAAACAGCAUCUUUAUGUACAAGAUCUUAAAGUCGUUUUAUUAACUGUUAAUUACCUAGAAGCAUAGUAGAAAUUAAAAAUACUAAACUUUUGAUUAAAGUUAACACAAAAAAGAUUUUCUAGAGCCUGUUAAAAUUUAAAAACUUUCCAAGGCUUGAACUAUUGCCUUGCCCCAAUGGCUCUCAAUGCUAAUAAUGCAAUGGAAGAAAGAUUAAGCUAAGUGGCAGUACUAAAUGAUUUAGUUUUGAUUAUUAAGCAAGAGUGGAACUUAAGGAGAAAGUGGGAAGAUAGUUGUAGUGAUUAGAAUGCAAUGUUGUUAACCACUUCAGUCACUGCUUCAAUAUAAAAGAUGUUUUUAUCUUGUUUUUAUCUCUGCUAUGAUAAAUUUUACAAAUUAAAAA